UUAUACUUUUUGUUGCAGUGUGCCAUCGGGCAAAUGUGCCACCCGCUUGUCAAGAAAAGCCUCUGGAGGGCAGCUCUGCUCUACAUCUACGGAUUUAUCGGUGGCUGUGUAUUCGUUGUCAUUGAACGAAAGCCUGAAAGCAAUAGACAACUUUAUUCAAGACUUGCCGGCCAAUUGCGGCGUAAUUUUACGACGCAAUUUAACAUUUCAAUAAACGAAAGUGGUUUUAAAUUGUUCAUGGACCAGGCCUUUGAUGUUGUAACUAUUGGCAAUAAACCCGACUGGAGUAUAUUUUAUGGUCUAAGCUUUGCGAUGACGUCACUGACAACUGUGGGUAAGCUUGGAUGAAUUUAGUGGAACCUCGAUAUAACGAAGUGCCAAGGGACGGGCAUUAAACUUGUACGCUAUAACGAGGUUCUGUUAUAUCGAGGUAAUUUUCAGUAUGUUUUACUGUUACUGGGGUAAAGAAAAUCGUUCGUUAUACCGAGGACUUCGUUAUAUAGAGGUUCGAGCCGGGGGAUUUUCCAUUUUUCCCGCCGCCACCGCCCCCUUUCCCAAGUCGCGUGCGUCUUAUUGUCGCUUUGGUCGUUUUAAUACGUCCCCACUGUACUAUCUGAGAGCCUAGCACGGGCUACUCUCUAACAAGAUCCUCCAAGAUCCACCAAGAUCCAAAAUGUUUGUUGAUUGAGUAUUUUUUUUCCAUUAAGGAUAUGGCCAUAUAACACCUGAAACUCCUCUUGGGCAAAUAUUCACCGUCAUAUACUGCCUCGUUGGUCUGCCCAUUUGCAUGAUAUUCCUUAAAACGCUGGGGGAAAUAAUUGCAAAGACUGUUAAAAGGCUCGUUCGUUUCUUUGACACAAUAAUCCUUGGCAAAAAAAUGCCUCGCAGGCUCAAAACGAAAAGCUUUGUGUUAACAUUUAUGUUAAUGAUCUGCACUCUAUGUCUUGGAGGAGUAACCCAGGUGUAUCUGGAAGGCUGGACUUUUGUAGAAGGGAUCUACGCAUACUUUGCGACGCUUUCAACAAUUGGCUACGGCGACUACAUUCCUGGGUGGAAGACAGUAAGAAUAGCUGAUGAACAGUCAGGAAUUGAUAACAAUAUUGAUUUAUGGAUAGGUGUAUCCAUCUUGGCGUUACCUAGUCUGGCAGGACUUUGUGUGGUCAGUGGAGUACUUAACUCACUCGUUGAUGCUCUUGAUGAGUUAAAGAUUCAUUUUUAUGUCCGGAAAGAAUGUCUCAAAUGUGAAACGAAAACAUCUACGAAAUGUGAAGGACUGCAUGAAGAGGGAAAUUUGUUCAUCGAGGACCCAAAUAAAAGGGUUGACCAAAAAAUUGGCGUCACAUUGGUUGAGGAAAGGACCAGAUCAGCUACCUUAUGAGAGACCUUGUGGGUUCAUUAUCCUAAAGAAUAUGUAACUUCCAGGACGCAUCAGCGAGAUGUAGCGUAAUAUCAUGAAAGAGUUCGGCCAACUUUUUCAGCCUGUCGAUAGAGAAGGCUCGAUUGACAGCUUGCUUUCAUCCCUUAAAGACCUGACCUUGGAGAACGGCGGAGUGCCUGACCUGGAAGAACGACGGAGUGCCUGACUUGGGAGAAUGGCGGAAAUCACGCCUAUCCGUCGAGUUAUGGCUCUGUCAACUUUGUAAACACUAUAUUUUUAUAUCUUUCUUAGAAAUAUUACCUUUCUGCUAAGUUAUUUUAGAGGCUGCUGUAGUGGCAGGAAAGUUAUUCUUAGUGAUUUGAAACAUUUUUGCAUGGCAAUAUUUAGUUAAGUCUUUUGCAGAUCUUUUAUAAAAUUAGUAAAACUCAGGAGACCUUGGGCCCCUGUAAGGCUUCGAUUCAGUAUCAGGCUGGCCUGUCUAUCCUGAAUGUGUACUAUCCCUAAUUUCAUGCUUUUUAGUUUCUAUACUACAAGUAAAGUUGUCUUUACCCUUUUAUCGGCUGUCAUAGAUUAACGAAACAUUUAUGGGAACGUUAAGCGUGCCACGAGCGCCAGAUUUCAAAAGAUGAUUAACAAUUGAAGUCAAAACAAAGACAAGAGGGUCCACUGUUCAGCAGUGUUUAGGUGGCUCACAGUUUUGACGUUUUUGCUCAAACUAACCACUACCUCAGGAAAAAAAUAGUUUGACAGAUAUUUAUCACUUUUCAUAACCGCAGUGCGCAGGGGACUCGAGAUUUUUUCUUCUCGCCACUAAACAUUUUUUCAAGUUUUUUUCAAGGUUUGCUUUUUUGGAAAUGUCUCUUAAAUUACGCAUGCCACUUUAAAACAAGAAGGUCCGUGGAAAAAUAUAAAGAUGUGGUUUACAUCAUUAACGGUUAACGAUAAAUUAGAGGUGCUCUAAGAUAACUUGUACCAGCGUGUACAUUUCCUCCCCACAUGUUGUCCUCUUUGCGUCAAAUGACAGCUAAGGACGCUGACAUGACGUGUUAAUUGUAUAAUUGCAAUUCGACUAUUUUCAAGAAAGUUUUCAGAUGCAAGAUUAUUAAAAAAAAUAGUCAUAAAUUGUGAAAGAUAUGUUGUUCAGUUGGAUGGGUAAAUUUAAUCACAAGCAAAGCCUUUUUUCAGGGUGAAUAUAUCGUCGAAGGGUUUGACUGGAUUGAAUUCAGUCUUAUGUGAAAUAUGGGGUUGAGCGACCUAGACACAAUGGAUUGCAAAGUAGGAUACAGGACAUAAUUAUUUUCAGCAAUAUUCGGCGCUUCAUCAUUUAGGUGAGUAAAAGGCAUCUGAAAACAGGGGCGUUCCUGGGCAUUUUCCAGCUUUAAGCCCGCUACCAGAAUGUUGCUGAUAUACGCUUAUUAAUUUACACCGGUACAAGAACCUGGUUUUAAAGGGUGUAAAAUAACUUUAGUUUGACCUUUAAGUUACAAUCACUUUACGUAAAUGUUGUAAUUCCCUACUUCUAUACAAUAUCAUGAUGAACGCAAAGACAAAGCUGCGUUAGCAUGGCAUUCUAAAAUGUAAGGCCGAGGCCAACGCAGAACUCCCGGACCAUCUUGUCUGUGUCGAUGCUCUUGUACGUCCCUGUACGUAUGUAGGAGCGUGAGCCCAGAGGACCUCUCUGCUCUUAUAGUACGACUAAAUGAUCGUUACGGAGUUGCUGUUGACACUGGCAUCGUCAAAAUAAUUGUGAUAAUAAAAUUUCCCAAAAAAUCUUUUAAGUCCGUGCUUAAAUGGCUUACAGUCAGGUACGCCCCGGGAACACAUUGAAUUUCAACUUCCUUUAAGGUGAAUGCCUUUUCAAAGCCUCUUAUAUGAAGUUAUUCGAAUAAAAUAUAAGACAAUCAGCUUGGGAUGUCUCCUCACAUGACACCAAUAAACAAAACUCUCUCCUACUUCCGGUUAUAUAAUAAUGGCUAACGUAACAGAGCUUCACACCUGCUUUAAGGACUCCAGGGCGGAUAUGAAAGGAAGGAUUAAUAUUGGGACUCUUAGUAUUCGACAGAUCACUCAGUUAUUAAUAUUAGUUGUUUGCCUCACUGCGACGAUCAUUUCUUCAUUUUCAUCAAGUUUGACUGUGGACAGGUUUGUAAUAGUCAAUUUUCUACUUUAAGGUCAUCAAAGCAGCUUUUUUAAUUUUAACUUUCUCUUUAAAAGGCUAUAUAUUUUCUAGCAACCAGGAGCUAAGAGUACUCACUUACGUCAUUUGUCACCGAGUUUGUUGCUGUCACGUUCACUACUGGUGAAACGGUUGGAGCAAAAAGGGUAUGAUUAAGUGUCAUUCCGUUCUCUGGAAGAUGACAGACAAGCUUGCGCAGUUAUUGCACAUACGCCCCCCAUAGCUAGUUCAUUUGGAACCGCUGGAAACUGCUAGCGGUGACUGGUAAGUGCGAAAUUUGGAUAAAUUAUUAAUCAACAACAUCAACCCGUUGAGAACAAAUGUUUGUGCUAGAGAUGAAUAUUACGGACUCACUUUAAUAUAUUCUGCGUCAAGAUCGCGAUAGCGUGAGAUUUAAUGGUAGUUGUUGGUAUUGCUAUUGCUUGAACAAACUCCAAGAAGGUGUUAAGCGGCAAGCUAGGGGAAAUACUUAAAUACGUAAACAGGACGGUUAGAUUUUCCGCCUAAGUUCAGUUGUACGUGAAGUUGACUGACAUUCACAAAGAAGGUGCAGUUGGUGAGUUUAAAUAUCCAGAUCAUUUUCAUUUUAGCGAUCUCACUUACAUGACGUUAUUAUUUGGAUAUUCACAUCGUACGUAUUUAAGUGCUAUAUCCGUGCGCGACUUAUUGAUAGUACGAUUAUGAAAGUGAAUCUGUAAAGCGUUCCAUUUCUAUCAUCGCGUCAUGUUUUGAAAAUAUAAAUAUCUUUAAAAUAAAACAGCUGAGAGCUUUCUUGCAUGUCGCUUAGCAUCUCACUGUGACGUAUUCACUCAAUACAACGUCUAAUAUAUAAGAUUCCGGAUGUUGCAAAGCGAUGAAGCAACGUACUAGUUAUUGUAUCGUCGGGUAUAACACUGACAACUUCAUCGAUCUUAUCAUUCAUAAAUAUAUUUUUAAACUUCUCAUCAUAUUGAGAAUGCGGCAGUAGUUUGCCCGUACAAUUAAUUUUGUCGGCUUUAGUCAACAUGUCAGUGAGGUGAGAUAAAUAACUCUAGGGAUAGCGUAAGCUUACUUUCAACACCAACUUACUAGGUAAACCAACUUAGUAAACCUCUGCUGUCCAUACCUGUGGAAGCAAGAAUUAACUUUAAGAUUCUUCUUAUCACAUAUAAAAUCUUGUAUGGACAAUCCGCUGGAUAGAUAUUUGGAACCUCUGAUUAAGACAUAUCAUCUAUCAAGAGCACUACGAUCGUCAUCUCGUUCGCUAUUAUGCACCCCCGCCAUAAAAUCUAAAACACAUGGAGGACGUGCGUUCUCCACUGCAGCCCCUCAGUUAUGGAACCCUAUCCUAGAAUAUGUCAAAAAUGCAGACAAUGUUACCACGUUUAAAACAAAACUUAAAACAUUUUUAUUCAGGAAAUAUUUCUAUUGAUUUUAUGCUUAACAUUUUUAUUUUUCUUAGUAUUUUAAAGUUUACAAUACUUCAUGUAUAUGUCACACAGGCUAGACAUUUUUUUUUAUUUUUCUCUUUUUCUUAUCACAAUGUAAAGCGCAUUGGGGACAGAAAUGCGCUUAAUAAACACCUAUAUUAUUAUUUUUAUUAUUAUUAUUAUUAUUAAGCUGGGUUAUUGUUCCUUCUACCUUUUUGUGGAUCAUUAGUUAUUAGUUGCAAAAAAACGGCAGUGUAGUAAUAUCAACCGCAAGUAUAAAACAGAGCAAUUUACAUUCUGAAGAAGUGAUGAUGAUAAUGAUGAUGACAGUGAUUACAAUGGUAAGCUUAGGUGAACGGCGUGUGACUCCGUAGAUUUGUAGGGCUGUGUGAAAACACCAUGCCCUUCUUCAUGUUAGCUUUCGUAUAUCGAUUCUAUGAGGUAAACAUUAAUUCAGGAUGCUAUCUUAAGAAAACGUGUAAGAGGUGUAAACUAACUAACAGGUACAUGCGAUUCUUUUUUUUACAAAAUAGAUAAAAAAAAUAAGUAAUUAAAGUAAGUGAGUAAGUAAGUAUAAGUAAGUAAGUAAGUAAAUUACAGAGAAAAUUGAAAAGGAAUGAAAAAUGUUUUAUAAUUCUUUGAUAUUCGGAUUUCAAAUCAAGUGCUAACAGAAAACGAUACUUUGAUCAGCUUGAAACUGUUCAGCCUAACAGUUUUCAAAGUUGAUCUCUGCUGUUUGCAACUUCAAAAAUAAUGAUAAUGAUCAAGAGACAUAUUUCUUUGUCUCGAAUCUCUGAUUUUGUCAUUUACAUGUAAUUUCUUUGCGUACAUUAAGUUCCAUAGCGAUUGCGGGCGAGCAAUUGGCAAAAUUAAAGAAAAUGAACGGCCGUGAUACAGCCCUUUUAAGGGUGCUAAUUGCUUUACACUUGCGGAAGGACUCUAAUCUGCUGAGUUUUGAUUUGGUACAAUAAUGGGAUAGUAUUUUCCAGGGAAAAAUUACUUACAGGUAAACCUACUCAACCCUUGCCUCGAUCCAUUCUUUAAAACUUUGUCAGUGUUGUGCGUAAGCUUCUUUGAAUCUUAAUUACGGAAUGUUUUCAUUCUUGGCACAGGAUAAUGACAGAACGAUGAAUUAUGGACUUGUGAAGAAAGGUCUCUGGAGAGCAAUUUUGCUUUAUAUCUACGCGUUUUUAGGAGGUUGCAUAUUCUACGUAAUUGAAAGAAAACCUGAGAGCAGCAGAGAGAUCUAUACAAGACUAACCGAACAACUUCAUCAAAAUUUUACGGCUAAAUUCAACAUUUCAAUGAAUCAAAGUGAUUUUGAGUUAUUCAUGAAACAAGCAUUUUUCGUCGUGAAAACAGGGAAAAGAAUCGACUGGACUUUAUUUUCUGGUUUGAGCUUCACAAUGAUGUCAUUAACAACAAUAGGUAGGUUUCCAAAUUUUUAAACAUUCACAAUCACUGAUUUUUGUGGCAAAAAACUUUUGCUACCAUGGUCAUAACUACCGUAAGUGUUCUAUGUUUCUCUGUGAAGGUCUCGUCCUAUGUAAAUUGUGAGGGAAUCCAAGACAUUGUUGGAUUCUGGAUCAAAUAGUGGACUCCUGUCUUUGGGCAUGUAAGGUGGAGCUUGUAUUCUGGAUUCCAGUCGUAAUUGGGAUUCCAGAUUCCCUGAGCUUCAUUCCGGAUUCCACUAGGAAAAAUUUCCCGGAUUCCGGAAUCCGAGUUCGCUUACAUGGGGCUGGAUUAUAAAACAUAGCUACUUAAAAUUACAGCUUUAUUUAUUUGACUGUCACGGUUUUUGGGUUAGAUAAAACACGUGAAAAACCAGAUGUCAAGGAAAGGAGAGAGAGGAGACUACAAAAAAGACGUGGUCUUACUUAUAGUUUUGUAAUAGUUAUUAGGAAUUGGCCCAGUAACGUUUUCAAAACUGCAGCCAGCAAAGGCCAAUAAGCAAAUCGUGAGAGGCGUCGAUUGAUUUCCAGCCACAAAGUCAAUAUUUCUACACAUGCCUGCUUGGAUAUUCUACGGCCUAUAUUUGUUUCUUUUUUUCAGGUUUUGGCAACAUCACGCCAGAAACUCCACUUGGACAAAUAAUCACCAUUGUGUACUGUAUCGUCGGUAUUCCCAUUUGCUUGGCCUUUCUAAAGACACUGGGUGAAACUAUUGCCAAGGUUGUUGAAAAAUUCGUACUACUUGUGGAGAGAAAGUUCUUUGGUAGGAGAAGACCCAAAAAGCUCAAGACAAAAAGCCUCUGCUUAACUUUUAUCCUGAUGGUAUUUACUCUUUGCCUCGGCGGAUUGACCCAAAUAUAUCUUGAAGAUUGGAGCUUUGUGGAAGGAAUCUAUGCGUUUUUUGCGAUGCUUUCGACGAUUGGCUAUGGUGACUAUAUACCUUGGUGGAGUGCUCUGACAAAAGCAACUGCUGCUGAAAAUAAGCGUGCUCAUCUUUGGCUGAUUCUUUCCGCUUUGGCGUUGCCAAGUAUGGCAGGACUUUGUGUGGUCAGCGCGGUAAUAAAUUCUCUCGUGGAUGCUCUUGAUGAGCUAAAGAUUCAGAUUCAUGUUCAAAGUAAGUGUCUCAGAUGCGAAAGGAAAGCCUCUCGACACAAAGAAACUGUGACUUUCGAAAAGUCGAACAAGGAUGUAAAUCUGGAAAAUAACUUCUUCCGAGUGCCAGUUAAGGAGAGGUUGAGAUCAGCAUCCAUAUGA